AUGGGCCAAGAAAGACUACAUGGAGGUGAGGUUGCCGUCAGUCACGGCACCGCCGAGCGACAGAGGCCACCAGCUCACUAGGCUUGGCCCGCGUGAUGUGUGCAGGAUAUCGAAUAUGGUAAGCUUUCAAUAUCUUAAGGUUUGUUCAACGAAGCUGAAGCUUCAUUCGACGAAUACAGGUCUGGAACAAGUUCGUCGCUCGAGCUCGUCGCUGAUCCACGGCACCAAGGGUCAAGCAAAAAUCAAGAAAGUCGAAGUCGCUCCGACGAAGACCGGUACUGUCCCUGGACUACCCAAGCAUGUUCCUGGACUUCCCAAGUCUAUCCCGGGGCUUCCCACAAUGAAUGUAAGCUCCUAUUACUCCUUUUCAAGUACACACAUGUGCUAAUGCUUUGAAAGUCACUGCAUGUACAGGCGAAGACCAUCUCGGCCAGCAAGAAAUGA